AUGGCAAGUUAUCAGAAGCACUACGAUGAUCAGGGUCGCAAGAUCGAUGAGUAUGGAAACGUUGUGAGGGAAACUGAUGAAUACGGCAAUCCCGUCAAUGCUGCCAGUGUCACUUAUGUUGCCACCACUGGAACUGGUGGUUUCGCUGGUGACACUGAUAAGCAAUAUGAUAGUUCGAAUGUCUAUGGUGUAGGCACCCGUAACCAACACAAUCGAGACACUGAUAGACAACAUGGAACUACUGGUGGCUUUGCCAGUGACACUGGUAGGCAUCACAACCCUACCGGUGGUUAUGGCCAAGACUCUGGCAAGCACCACAACACUAGUGGUGACACCGGUACACACCAUAACCCUACCUGUGCUUAUGACACCGGUAGACAAUAUGGGACUAAGGGUGGUGUUACAGGAGAAACCGGUAGUUACAAUACCGGCACCGGUGGCCCUUACUUUGGAACCAACACUGCUGACACUGGUACUGGUCCUAGAAGUGGAACCACCGGUGGCAGUGAUUAUGGAUCAACUGGUGGCACUGGUUAUGGAAGUGGAACUGGGUAUGGUAUCUACACCGGGGGAGCACACGCAGAUGCAGGGCAUGGGAAUCAGUAUCGUCAGCAUGAGCAAUCUCAUGGUGAUCAGGACAAGAAAGGGAUAAUGGACAAGAUUAAAGAGAAGCUUCCUGGAGGACACAGUGACAACAAGUAG